UUUGAGAAGUAGCGCUGAUUUUGCUCAGCGAAAUGAACACCGGAGAUACAGCGCUGCGUUUAUAAUCGGCAGGUAAACAGACAUGUGUGUUGCAGCUUUGCUCAUGAAGGAAGUAAUGUAGAUUCACAUCAACGCAUUUGACGUUACCGUGCAUUCAUUAUAAGGAACGUUUGUGUGGAAAUAAGUAAUAUCCGGCAAAAUGCCGUCACCACAAGUCCUACAGCCUGUUCUUAAAAUGAAGGUGGAUGAGCUUUUCCUCAACUGGCUGAGUGAUGAUGCAACACAGUCACUACUCAAAGAUUAUCUUGACCUAAUCAAAAGUGGACAAUACAUCGACUUGAGCAGUGGAGACGCCCAGGAGAAGAAGGCAUUGUCCUUCAAUGAGAACAACAACGUGGCAUCCCAAAGGAACCUUGCAGAGAAGAAGCCCGCUCCCCUUGGUACUCCCUCCAGCCCCCCGUCUGCCAGCACACUUCCUUCUGGCAGUAACAGUAGUACCAGAGUGACCGGACCCAAUGGCCGAGUACUACGGAGGUCUGUCAGCACAAAAAAGGCCCAGGUGAGGACGGAGAAGCCCGUCCCCACAGCGCUGAGUGAAAGCAUUCCAAAGUUUUACUUCCCAAAGGGACGGCCGCAAGCCAACAUCAACAUCGACACCCUCAUUACCAAAAUUGAGAAAACAUUUUCCCAAUUCCCAAAUGAAAGGGCCACCAUUGAGGACAUGGGGCAGGUCGCCAAGGCCUGUGAGUGUCCUUUCUACUGGAAAAUGCCAUUGUUCUGCUUGGCUGGAGGCGACAGGACCGGCUUCGUGUCCGUUCACAAGUUCGUGGCUAUGUGGAGAAAGACUCUGCAGACCUGUCACGACGACGCUACUAAAUUUGUGCACCUCUUGGCCAAGCCUGGCUGUAAUUACCUGGAACAAGACGACUUUAUUCCAUUCCUGCAGGAUGUGGUGAACACACACGCAGGCCUGGCCUUUCUGAAGGAGGCACCGGACUUUCACUCACGAUACAUCACAACGGUGAUUCAGAGGAUAUUCUACAAUGUGAAUCGUUCAUGGACCGGAAGAAUAACAUGUUGUGAGCUCAGGAAAAGUAACUUACUUCAGAAUCUGGCGCUGCUGGAGCAGGAGGACGACGUGAACCAGCUGACAGACUUCUUCUCUUAUGAACAUUUCUACGUUAUCUACUGCAAGUUCUGGGAGUUGGACACCGACCACGACCUCUACAUAGACCAGAAAGACCUGGCCCAGCACAAUGACCAAGCCCUUUCCCAGAAGAUGAUUGAGAGGAUAUUCUCAGGGACAGUCACAAGAGACCGAAAGGUGUACAAGGAGGGGCGGCUGAGUUACGCUGAUUUUGUCUGGUUCCUCAUCUCUGAGGAGGACAAGAAGACCGACACCAGUAUAGAGUACUGGUUCCGCUGUAUGGACCUGGACGGGGACGGGGUGCUCAGCAUGUACGAGCUGGAGUACUUCUACGAGGAUCAGUGCCAGAAGCUGGAGACCAUGGCCAUCGAGCCUCUCCCCUUCGAGGACUGCCUCUGCCAAAUGCUGGACCUCGUCAAGCCGGAAGUGGAAGGUAAGAUCACUCUGCGGGACCUGAAGAGGUGCAAGUUGUCCCACAUCUUCUUCGACACGUUCUUCAACAUCGAGAAGUACCUGGACCACGAGCAGAAGGACCCGUUCUCUGUGAUCAGGGAGAUGGAGACAGAGAGCCAGGAGUUCUCCGACUGGGAGAAGUACGCUGCGGAGGAGUACGACAUCCUGGUGGCCGAGGAGGCCGCCAACGAUCAGUGCAACGACGCGUAUGAAAAUCCUCUGAGCCCUUUAGGGCAGCACAUCUCCACUGAGCUGGGUCUGACAAAGAGACACUUCUUUCAGAUUCCCAGUCCACACUGCAACCUGGACGAAUAUGAAUAUGAAGAUGACUUUGAGUGAUCCUGUAGUGUUUUCUCACCUGCCGAGUGCCGUGCGCUCCAGGAAACAGCCCAACCUGCAGUGGAUGAAUCUCAUCAAGACAGAUUCACAGGUUCAGGACAAACUUCAAUAAACAGGAAGUGAACAGAGCACUGGUGGGGUCAGAUGUGCUGGGAAAAAUGGACACAGUAUCACACAUUUGGACAGGAAAUAUGAUCAGAGCAGAUGGUGGUUGCUCAAAUUACCGAAUGUUUUAAAUAUGUUCACCAGCCUCGCUUACAGAAGUCAUCACAGCUGACUUUGUGGUGUAACAAGCGGCACGUUUAGACCUCUGCACACACACACACACGUGGACACAGGAAAAGUUGUGUAAUGCUUUGUAUAAAAAAUAUCUGGGGCGAGUGUUAUCUCAUCUGAAAAUCAGUAUCGUGUUAUUCAUGAGCUAAAUCACAUUCUGAUUGGUUGAUUCGGGAUUUGAACUAAUUAUCAUCUGAAGUCAUUGGCUAGUGUUACAUUCCAGUGAUCAUAAUGGAAGCUUUUCUACAAGACUGUAAAUUCAUGAAUGGGUGUUUGUUGAAAUGAGGAGAUGCCAAACAAACCACCGUCAAGCCUGCUGCACACAGUUCACACUGCCAAACACACACACACACACACACAGUAUUUUGUACAGGUCUGCACUCAUUAUUACAUAUAUUUACUGUAUUUGUGAGAUGGGGUUAUUAUUAAAUUAUUAGAGAAGAGUUUAUAAAUACCUGUAAAUAUUUAUUUGGUGCUUGCUGUGUUGUAAAUGAUUCGGGAAAUUGUUUUAGAGACUUUUUUCUAUGUUACCAAGUACUUCAUUUUUAUGUACUUUGACAGAACAAAAGGAACCAAUAUUAAAAUGUUUUGCUUUUCUUUAAAUUAAUAAUAAAGCCUUUUAAUGGAAAAGUAAAUACAUGGACUGUGCUUUUUCAUUUAAAGCAUCUAGUACAGACUGUUUUUGAUAUGCUCUAUACAUAUAAAUGUCUGUUAGAUUAAAAUUGCAGCUGCUCAGUCAUGUUAUUUUAGACUAAACUAAAUACAGAUGUUGACCCUCUUGGGAAAUGACUUCAUGGGUGUAAAGUGGGACAAGCUGUAAGGCAGUAAUACAAAUUAACAAUUUAAAUAUAUGGAGAAAUGUACCAGAUUGACUUUUUUUAUUUAAAUUAAUAACUGUAAUACAUAAGGAAUGUUUGGCAAACCUUAACAAGGAGUUAUAAUAAAGUGGCAGGCAUGACAAUAAAGCAACAUUCUUACAAUACUGAGUAAUAUCAUAAUAUUCAUGUUUUGGAUCUCAGUGUGAUCCAAAUGUCACUCGUAACAUUCAGGUAAAUUAUGUAUUUAGGGAAAAAUGCUUAAAAAAUACUCAUUCACUUGGUCCUCAAAUGAAAGUGGUCUGUGAAUAAAAAACACUUAACUUAAAUAAUUUGAGACAUUAUUGGAUAAACAAAGAUAAAUAUAGUGUUAUUUUAUAUAUUUAACAAACCCCUUGAAAAAUACUGAAGUCCUUCUGACUGCAUGAGCCUGUAUGUGUUGCCCUAAGCCCAUUUUAUGAGAAAUGUAUAAAUGUGCCUAUUUUGAAUAGGCUCUGUAAUAAAACUAAAUCAACAGUGAAAGUGCAUUUGUCUGCUGUGGAUAAAUACAUAUGUGUUGCUCCAAUCAGUGUUUCCAGCAGCCGGAGGGGACAUGUGAUUCAAAGUCAAAUACAAUUCCCAUGUCUUUACAAUGUAGAAACAUGUGAUUUAGUGCAAUGUGUCUUAUUUAUGUGUAACAAUCCUGUGCAAAAUGUGGAUUUAUGGCACAAUAAUAGAAUAUAUCAGCUUCUCUCUGCACAAUUAAUAAAUUCCUAUUGGCUGAA